GUCUAGCCAAUACCAAUAAAUCAAAAUCAGGCUUAGUUGAUGACACUUUAGAAACAUCCAGUACUCAUGAAAAAAGAGAAAAUUUUCCUUUCCCUCAUAAAGAAAAUAGCUGGGACAGAUUAACUUUACAAUAUUAUUUGUUUCGUUAUAUUUGGCAAUCCAAUUUUUCAUCACCUAUCGAUGAAUAUAUUAAGACCGGGGGUGUAAAGGUUUUAGACGUUGGAGGUGGAAGUGGCCCGUGGGUAAUAGAGAUGGCCCGUGAAUAUACAAAUACUUUAUUCACAAAAAUAGACUCGAAAGCCUCUCUACAAAAUAGUGAGACUCUUCCAAAUCUUACUAUAAAAGAAUAUAAUCUCUUAGAAUUGGGCUUGGGCUCUCUUCCAUUUGAGGAUUCAACAUUUGAAUUUAUACAUGUUGGCUUCUUAGCUUAUGAAUUGCCUGAAUCCCAAUUUGAAGCGCUUGUAAAUGAACUCAUAAGAGUUUUAAAACCUGGUGGUUAUUUAGAGAUUAUGGAUACUGAUUUUGAAGGUGGAAAUGAAGGGCCCUCGGCUCAUCGUUUGAUGUCCUCUUUACGAUCAUAUUAUAUAUCUAAAGGUAUCAAUCCAAUGAUAACAAAUAAACUAGAACCACUAAUGAAAUCUACAAAAGGCUUAUCCGAUAUUACCGUUCAAAGGACACUUCAUGCUUUGGGAAAUUGGGAUGAAAGAAUCGGUGAACUUGCUUUAGAUAAUUGGUUACAAUUUUUAAAUGAUAUUAAAUAUUCUAUCGCUCCGUUUAUGGGCAUUUCUGAUACUGAGUAUAGAUACUUGGUUCGUGAAUUCGGUAGUGAAGUUAAUGUAUUCCAAACUUAUUGGAUCAGUACUAGAGUUUAUGGUCGCAAGAUUCAAUAA